CCACACUAAUAUCUAGCCACAUAGCCAAACCAACCUAUUAUUGAUCCGAUUGUCACCCAGGACCUCCCUUUUAAACCCAGCAAAGCUCCAGCACCGAAAAUCCUAACUCUAACCUUUACAACUGGUGUUCAAUUACUGUAGCAAGGCACUAAAUCCCCUGGCUCUAACGAGUCGAGCUCGUGUAGCUGGCGAACCUCGAACUUCGACGUCUUGCCGUAUAGCCAAACCGCAGCCCAUUACCGGUUCGGCUGUCACCCAAGACCUGUCUUUUAAACCCGACGAAGCUCCAGCACCAAAAAACCUCUAACUCUGACCCUUAUCGGUGGCGUUCAAUUCCUCAUUUUUCAGAUUCAUCUUCCAUCAGCUCCUCCGGUCCUCCCGCGGACCCUCCUGCUCCUCUCAGCUGGCGAGGAUCGCCCAGGCGCCGCCCCUCCGCCGCCGCAAUGCUGCGCCUCCGAAAUCACCUUCUCCCUCUCCUCCGCGCCGCCUCCCUGCUCCCCUCCCCUCUCCACCACCGCGGCACACUCCUCUCGACCUCCGCGUCCGCCGCCCCCUUCUCCCUCGAGGACUACCUCGUGGCCACCUGCGGCCUCGCCCCAGCCCAAGCUCGCAAGGCGUACCAGAAGGCGCUCGAUGGGGCAACCAAAGCGAAGCCAUCCGGGGAGCUCUGUUACUCCCGCCUCAACUCCGCCUCCAACCCCGACGCCGUUCUCGCUCUGCUCUCCGGCGUCGGUCUCGCACGCGCCGACAUCGCCGCCGUCGUCGCCGCCGACCCGCUGAUCCUCCGCUCCUCGGUGAAGAACAUCGGCCCCCGCCUCCUCGCCCUCCGCGACCGCUUCGGCCUGUCCGCUCCCCAGAUCGCUCGCUUCCUCUUGGUCGGCUCCCGCGCACUCCGUGGCUGCGACGUCGGUCUCCAUCUCGAAUUCUUGUUAUCCUUCUACGGCUCGUUUGAACAGCUUCUCGUGGUCAUGAAGAGGAACAACAGCAUACUAUGGACUGACCUUGAGAGAGUGGUCAAGCCUAACAUCGCGCUGUUUCGUCAGUGCGGCUUAAGUGUUCGAGAUAUUGUCCAGAUGUGUUCAAGAUGCCCGUGGUUGCUUGUGUUCAACCCAGAGCGCGUGAAGGAGUUUGUGGUGCGCGCGGAAGAGCUUGGGGUUCCCCGUAGCUCCCGGAUGUUCAGGCACGCAGUAGUGUCAGUCGCCUCCAUCAGCAAAGAGAAAGUUGCUGCCAAGCUUGAGUUCUUGAAGAGGGCUCUUGGUUGCGCAGAGACUGAGGUUGCCAUUGCAGUGUCUAAGAUGCCAAGCAUUCUAGGACUCUCUAAGGAGUGCCAUCUCCGCAGGAUUCAAUUCUUGAUCAACGAGGUUGGAAUGGAGCCACAGUACAUUGUGGAAAGGCCUGUCCUGUUUUCAUUAAGCCUGGAGAAGCGGCUGAUCCCCCGGCAUUGUGUCAUGAAGGUCCUGCAGGCAAAUGGAUUGCUGAAUAGCAAUAUGAGCUUCUUCUCAUUAGCUAAAAUUAGAGAGGAGACUUUUAAACUGAAGUUCAUCGACUGUCACAAGGACUCUGUUACUGGGCUUGCAGAUGCUUAUGCUGCAGCUCGUGCUGGUGGUGUGCCCCCGAAGUCCAACCUUUGACAUCUUGAAAUAUUUAAGAUUCAUUUUAUGCUGCAUGAAGAUGGUAGAUUUGCGACUCACGCUUAUUAGCAACUGUCCAUGGUACACGCUUCCUCAAUUCUUGGUUUCAGCAAUAGAACCACUAGUGAUCUUUGACUACUCAAGUCCAAGUUUAAGUUAUGGUUAUCUAUGAAGGAGCUGGUUUGACUUA